UCACAUGCCCAAUCUAUCUCCUCAACUCAAAAUCCAGAUCGUCCUUUUAAAUUCACCUAGCGGGAAAAUGAAUUAAUAUCAGACACAGAGAGAGAGUCAGACAAUCAGACACAGGCUUUCUUGUAUUGUUUCUCUAAUGGCGCCCAAGAAACGAAGCGACAAGCAGCAAGACCCAGCGAAGCCCGAGUUGCAGGCGAGGGUGACUCGGAGCUCGGCCAAGCGAGCGGCCAACGCUGGCCCGGCUGAGUCGGAGCCCGAGUUGCUGAAGAAGAAGAAGACGAAGAAAGCUGCGAAGAAGGAAGAAGAGCACGAGGAGAAAAACUCGGCGCCGAACACGAAGACCGUCGUGCUUGAGCAGCCGGAACCUGAGUUGCCGAAAAGGAAGGCCAAGAAGGUUGAGAAGAAGGAAGAAGAGCUAGAGGAAGUAAACUCGGACACGACCGCGAAGACCAUCGUGAUUGAGCACUGCAAACAAUGCAAUUCAUUCAAGACAAGGGCUAUACAGGUGAAAGAAGGUUUGGAGAAAAGUGUUGCUGGUAUCACAGUGCUGGUCAAUCCUGAUAAGCCGAGAAGGGGGUGCUUUGAAAUACGGGAGGAUGGUGGUGAGAAGUUCAUCAGUCUUCUGGACAUGAAGCGACCAUUUGCGCCAAUGAAGGCUCUGGACAUGGAAAAAGUCAUAUCCGAUAUUGUUGAUGGGAUCAAAUGAUGACCGACCAUUUGCAAGUGAGUCAUUUUGUUGUAGUGCAUGAAGUAAACCAUGCUGACUUCUUUUUUUUCUUUUUUUGGUAGAAAACUUGCUAUUAUUAGUGUCUGAUCUUUUUCUUUGACAUCUUUUGCCAUUUGAUUUGUGUCAAUAGCAAUACUGUUAGAUUAA